AUGAGCUGGUUCAGAAAAGGAGAAACAAAACCUGUAUCGACAUCGGGUUUACAAGAGAACAAGGUACAGGUGCCAGCUUCUUCGCCAAUUCGCAUAGACACUUCCACGAGAGAUGACUCUCCUAUACGGCAGCCAAGCUUAGCAGCGGGAUUGCCAUCAUUAUCAUCAUCAGCAUCGACGGCAGCAGCAUCGACAUCAGCAUCAGCAUCAGCAUCAUUAUCAAAUGAUGCAAAAGAACGCGAGCUUGAAAAGAAAAGACAACGAAUACGGUCGCAUCCAGACUUUCCCUUGAUACAAAAGAGAUUUGAUUACCUCAACGAAAAAGAACUUUUCAAAGGCUUUGUCAAAGGUGGAGGCAGGGUGAGAGAAGUUACAAAAUGGUUGGAGGAAAAUUAUAGUCGUGAGGAAUACCUCCGAAAACAGAAAGAAGAGUUGGAACGAAAGUACAAGGAGGAAAACAAAUUGCGCCAGCAACAACGAGAAGAAAGACUCAGGUUGGAGUAUGAAGCACUUUUAAAGCGCAAGGAAUCCAAAGUGGAAACUGAUCAGAAGAGGGACGAUAAUAAGGAUAAAUUGGGUAAAUUGGGUAAAUUGGGCGUGCAAGAGAAAGAGAAAGACCGGGGGGUAGAAAAGGAAAAGUACGAAAAAAAGGAAAAACACGAGGAAGUGGAGAAAGAAAAGGAUGAUGAUGAUGAUGAUGAUGAUGAUGAUGAUGAUGCCAUAUCCAUUGCACCAACUAGAAAAACGGCACCAGCAUUUAUUGCCGAUGAGGACGAAUCACCAGUCAAGGGAAAAGCAAGGGUGAAAACAUCUACAAUUGAACCAUCACCAGUAAAGGAGAAUAAUUCGUCUACCAAAGUCGAGAUCAAGUCGAAACAAUCUAUUUUGAACAAGUAUAGAAAUCCAACAUUGAGGAACCAACCUACUUUGGAGCAAUUUGGAAGACUCGCAUCACUAUCAAACAUCAAUUCCUCUUCCCCCCUCUCUAACAACAACAACAACAUCAAGAGAAGAAAACUAGUUAGAGGAUCGUUGCUUGAUGGCACACUUUCUUCUGAAUCUGAAUCUUCGUCCCCGGUGCCUGCACCACUGGCAUUGAGUGCAAAGUUUAGCUUUCACGAUGACUCAAUUCCCAAUCGCAGUAGUACAGCUUCUCCUAUUGUUCCUGCAGCACCGUUAGACGAAUUAGAAGAGCUGGAAAGGAGGAUUGCAGAAAACAGAAGAAGAGCCAAAUUGCAAAAACAACAAUAUAAUAACAACAAUAACAACAAUAACAACAUUAAUAAUUACAGCCAGGCACGCUAUGGCCAUCCUAAACAUUCACACGGCAGCAAAUCGAAUGUCAUUUCCAUCAGUGAUGAGGAAGAAAUGGUUCUUGAUGACGAUGAUUUAAGUGAUUCGAUGUCGGAGGAAGAGUUGGUGAUGGGUGCUGAAGAUGGAAUCACCAGUAUAGAUGGUCAAAUUGUCGAGUUUCUUAACAAUGCAUCGAUUGAGGAUAUUGUAGAUAUCUCAAACGUCGAACCUGAUGUGGCAGAAAGAGUCAUUAGUGCUCGUCCAUUCAACACGAUCAAUGAUAUUGCAGACAACAAUUUUGCGGAUGCCAAUGCACCAGUACUGAACAGACGCAAGACUGUUGGAUUGAGGAUGAUUGAACAAACUGAGGUGAGUUUGAAAGGAUACAAGGCUGUUGAUUCCUUGAUCAAAAAAUGUGCACAAUAUGGUGAAAUUGUUUCUUCACAGAUGAAGGCAUGGGGAGUCACACAGACUGGACAAGAAGGGGAGUUGGAUGUUGUGGACUUGGAUCCUACAGACGAUGGCGAAGCUAAGACUACUAUCGAUGUGCCAGCAGAUAAAAAAGAAGAAGAAGAAGAUGAUGAUGAUGAUGAUGAUGUGGUAGAGGUGAAGAAAGGUAGCUCUGGUUUAAGAUAUCUCAAACACAAACCUGCGCUUUUGAGCGAUGAUAUCACAUUAAACAACUACCAGCAAGUGGGACUUAAUUGGAUCAAUAUGUUGUACAGGAACAAGAUCUCGUGUAUCUUGGCCGAUGAGAUGGGUCUUGGUAAAACAUGUCAGGUUAUUUCAUUUAUGGCGCAUUUGAAAGAAACAGGAGCAAAACAUCCGCAUUUAGUUGUUGUACCAGCAUCAACGCUUGAGAACUGGAUCCGUGAAUUUAACAAAUUUUGCCCUAGUAUACAGGUGCAGGCAUAUUUUGGAACGCAAAAAGAGAGAGAGGAGCUUAGGUACGAGUUGCAAGAUGCCGAGUUUGACGUUUUGGUUACCACAUAUAACUUGGCCUGUGGCUCUCCGCAAGAUGCAAAGUUUUUAAAGAAUCAAAACUUCAAUGUGAUUGUGUACGACGAAGGUCAUUUGUUGAAGAACUCGCAAUCUGAAAGGUAUGUUAAGCUCAUGAAGCUCAAGGGAAAAUUUAGGCUACUUUUGACAGGUACACCUUUGCAAAACAAUUUAAAAGAAUUGGUCUCGCUACUUGCGUUUAUUUUGCCAGAUGUAUUUAAUCAAAAUAAAGAAGAUUAUGUUGCAAUUUUUAGGCAAAAGGCAACAAAGGUCACUGCAACGAAUGAGAAGGAGGAGACAAAGAAAAACUAUAAUCCUCUUCUUUCCGUUCAAGCAAUAAAGAAUGCGAAAACCAUGAUGACACCAUUUGUUCUUCGAAGACGCAAGGACCAAGUGCUUCAGAAUUUACCCGCCAAAUGUCAUGAAGUCUGCCACUGUCAAAUGACUAAUGAUCAGGCCAAGCUAUACAACAAGUUCCUUGAAGACGGUCGCAGGACUAGGCAAGAGAGGUUAAGACGUAAGAGUUUGAGCCCAGCAGAGUUGGCCAAGUUGAAUAAAAAUGAUCCAGUUCCAACAUCUUCAAAUGUUUUGAUGCAGUUACGUAAGGCUGCAUUGCAUCCACUUUUGUUUAGGUCGAUAUAUGAUGAUGCAAAGUUGCGUCAAAUGGCCAAGGCGAUUAUGAAUGAACCUGCAUAUGCCGAAGCCAAUCAGCAGUAUAUUUAUGAGGACAUGUGCGUCAUGUCGGAUGCUGAGUUGAAUCGAUUGUGUGUGCAGUUUCCACAUACACUAAAAAAGUGGCAGCUUCCUGAAGAUGCAUUUUUGGAUAGUGGGAAAAUCAAGACUUUGGAAUCGAUUCUCAAAUCCAUUAUAGUUGAAAGAAGGGAAAAAGUGUUGAUUUUUUCUUUGUUUACCCAAAUGUUGGAUAUAUUAGAGCAAGUUUUGUCUGUAUUCAAGUACAAAUUUGUUCGGUUAGAUGGUGGAACUAGAGUUGAAGAGCGUCAAGAGACUAUUGAUUUAUUUUAUCAGGAUGAUUCGAUUCCAGUUUUCUUGCUUUCAACCAAAGCUGGUGGUUUUGGUAUCAAUUUAGUUGCAGCCAACAAUGUCAUCAGCUACGACCAAUCGUUUAACCCACACGAUGAUAAACAAGCCGAAGAUAGAGCACACCGAGUCGGACAAAAGAAAGAGGUCACGGUCUACAAACUUGUGAGUGACAAGACCAUAGAGAUCAAUAUGAUGAUGCUCGCACAAAAUAAGCUUCAAUUGGACGCAAGUAUGUCGGACGAGACUUCGGAAACAAAGAUUGAAGAAAACUCUGCAUCUAUUUUGGAAAAGAUUAUUUAUGACGACAAAAAGAACUGA